ACCGCUGUGUCUUUAAAACCUCCCUCUCUUCUCUUCCCAUUGGAUGACAGAGAUGGAUAUUGUGCACCAAUGAAAUGUAGAACUGUACAAAGAGAUCUAGUCCCUCCCCCGUGCAGCCGCAGCACCGUGAACACUUACACUGCAAGGAGCUGGAUGAGAGGGAGUGAUGCUCUUCAUAGAUUUAAAGCAAAAGUAUAUAUAUAUUUUUACGUAUGAGCUGACUUUGGAUCCUUGCUUUGAAUUAAUGCGUUAUAGCAAUGGAUAGUAACCAUCCUUUUUUUUGUUACCUCACUGGGAAAUAAUUGUAAGCUCCGAAUCCGGGAUGACAAAGACAAUAGGAUACCGAGACUGGAGAUGGCAGGCGCUUUGGUGGCAUCAUUUCUUUCUCUUGUGGAUUACAAUAGACGGACAGACUCGUUACAGCAUUCCGGAGGAACUAAAACAGGGAUCUGUGGUCGGAAAUCUAGCCAAAGAUCUGGGUUUGACAUUAUCAGAGAUUUUUGACCGUAAACUGCGCGUCGCGCCUGAAGCUGGUGAGCAGUAUUUCAAUGUGGAUGCGGGAAAGGGCGAGCUGGUGGUGAAUGACAGAAUAGACAGAGAGGCUUUAUGUGGACAAAGCGCCAGCUGCGUGUUGACUCUGCAAGUAGUGAUUGAUAAGCCGUUACAGUUGUACCGAGUGGAGGUGGAAAUACAAGAUAUAAAUGAUAAUUCUCCAAAAUUCCCAUCGCCAGACAUAAUAUUACAAAUAGCAGAGUCGACAGCGGCGGGAGCACGUUUUCCUUUGGAGAGCGCACAAGAUCUUGAUGUGGGAGUGAAUUCAGUAAGAUCAUAUACUCUGAGUAAAGACGACUUUUUUAGUUUAAAAAUUAAAGACGUGUCCGGUGGAAGGAAAGUCCCAGAGUUAGUUCUUUCUAAAUCCCUCGACAGAGAAAAAAAGCCCACACAUCAGCUCCAACUGACAGCUAUAGACGGCGGGAAUCCAGUGAAAUCUGGGAUUUCCCAGAUAACCAUACAUGUGUUAGAUAUUAAUGAUAAUUUUCCUGUAUUUGACAAAAAUGUUUACAAAGUCUCCAUAAGCGAAAAUAGUGUACAGGGUGCAUCCAUCGUCAAACUAUCAGCAAAGGAUACAGAUGAAGGUCUAAAUGGAGAAAUAGAGUAUUCAUUUGGAACGCACACACCAGAUGUCGUCCUGUCUGUGUUUGAUAUUGAUGCGUUAACAGGAGAAAUACGUCUGACAGGGAAAUUAGAUUUCGAAACAAAUGCUAAUUAUGAAAUUGACAUUUGCGCAAGAGACAAAGGAACUCCGAGAAUGGAGGGGCAUUGCACCGUACACAUAGAAGUAUUAGACGUUAACGAUAAUGUUCCGAAUAUAUUUUUGACCUCCCAACCGAACCCUGUGCCUGAAGACGCACCAAGUGGUACUGUGGUAGCUUUAAUCAGUGCUCGAGACCUGGACUCCGGUGACAACGGUAAAAGGGAGUGCAGUAGCCUCAGCAGCAAUGUUAGAGCUCAGUGA